CAGCGCGCAGGCGCGGGGCAGGGCGCCGCGGUGACUUCACUCCGCGCCCGACUCCGCCCCGGGCGGUGUCGCGCACUGAUGGCGUCGCCAUGGAGCCGACUGCGGGUGUUUCGAAGCAGGACAUUCGUGAACAGAUCUGGGACUGCAUGGAGUCGCAGAAUUUAGCCGAUUUUCCACGGCCUGUUCAUCAUAGGAUUCCCAACUUCAAGGGUGCUUCUCGUGCCGCCGAGCGUUUCCCGUGUCUGCAGGAGUUCCAAGUAGCCAGAACCAUUAAAGUCAAUCCCGACGCGCCCCAGAAAAAUGCUCGCUUCCUCGUCCUUGACAGCAAAAAAACGUUGUUGGUUCCAACACCACGACUGAGAACGGGGCUAUUUAACAAGAUCACGCCGCCCCCUGGGGCCACCAAAGACAUCUUGAGAAAAUGUGCCACCUCCCAGGGCGUGAGGGACUACAGCGUUCCCGUAGGCUUGGAGUCCCGGCUCCACGUGGACCUGCUCGUGGUGGGGUCUGUCGCCGUUUCUGAAAAAGGCUGGAGAAUUGGGAAGGGAGAAGGUUAUGCUGAUCUUGAAUAUGCCAUGAUGGUGUCAAUGGGAGCGGUCAGCCAGGGGACGCCAGUGGUCACCAUUGUCCAUGACUGCCAGGUCAUCGACAUCCCGGAAGCACUCCUUGAGGAUCACGACCUCACCGUGGACUAUAUCCUCACUCCAACGAGGGUCAUCACCACGGGGUGUGAGCGCCCAAAGCCAGCGGGAAUCACGUGGUCCAAGAUCAGCUCUGAGAUGAUGAGGAAGAUUCCAAUACUCAGAAGCCUUCGCUACCAAGAGAAGCGGGCUGGGAAAGAUGUCACCCUUCAGGAUGAGCGCCAGCACCUUCCGGAAGUGAGCAGCCAGCAGCCAGCUCCCCUGAGCACUGCCAGGAGACCCCAGGACCCACCCCAGCCGGGGUCAGGUUCCAUGCAGCUGGGGGAUGUGCCCCCUAACACUGUUUAUAUUGGGAACCUUCCCCGAGAUGCCCGAGUGAGGGAGCUGAAGAGAGCCCUCCGAGACCUGGGUGCAGCCCCCCGGCGGCUUACCUGGCAGGGGCCACAGCACGGGGCCUUGCUCCAUUACCAAGACCCUGCCUCGGCCCAGCAGGCCAUGUCCUGCUUGCAGGGCUUAAGCCUGGGCACCAGCACCUUGAGGGUGGCACUGGCCAGGCAGCAGAGGGACGGCGACUCAACAGGCAGCCAGGCUGGACCAUCUCCCAGCUGUCUCUGACCCGUGACUGUCCCUCUCUGGGCCCCGUGGACUUCAGGCCCGCAUGGCAGGAGCUGUUCUGCAGGAGCCGCGUUGAGUUCACACCGCUCUAGGAAGUCGCAGCCUUCAGCUACUGCCUGGUGGUCUGAUGCGCAGGGACAUUAGCUGUCACACAGUCACACUUCCUGUGUUCAGGUUCAUCCCGGCCCUUGGGCCUGUUGGAUGUCACAGCCGUGCUGAUUUCUCUGUACAGACAGCAGUUUACAGGGUUCAGGGACCAGGCGGGCAAUAAAUAUGUGGAAGUAGAUGAUGA